AUGCAUAAGGAAUUAUCGGUUACUCCAUUGCAUGCAAAAGUUCCGCUUGUGAUUGCGCAACGAGGGAUGAUCUUUAACAUGGAAAGCGUUACUCAUUUGGAAGAUAACACUCCUACUAGCAAAAGUUUUACCGUUCUAGGAAGGGGUAUUGGCAAUAUUUUGUAUGUUAUGUAUGUUAGUGACUGUGAAAAAAUCAAAAGUGAGCGAGGUGUUAGUAUUUACAAAUUUCGAAAUUCAGAACAGAUGCAAAACAAUGAAGGAUCUGAAAUUGUCGGCCGGAAAGAUGUCAUACCGAUUAGUUAUGUGGCUGAGUAUCGUUCAAAUCUCCAAUCUAAAAUUGGAUAUGGGUCUUUAAAGAUCCCGGCUAAUGGAUAUUCUGCAGAAUACGAUUGCAACGGCAAUACCGAUAACCAUGCAUGGAUCACUGUAGAUAUAAGAACAGGAGAAAAAUUAUUUACAUUCUUUUCUUUUCCAAUUUCUGUUCGAUCGGAGCAAUCGAACAUUGGUGUCGAUUAUGAUACCAUCGCCUUAGGAAACUUAGGUGAAUACUAUCCACAAUUCGUAGAUCAUGAAAGUCAUAGUCGAAUUAAUCAUUCAGACUAUACCUUAAACUGCAACCAAUACGACGAAAUCGAUGUUAAGGGAGAUGGCAAUGACAGAAAUACCGCUAACAAUAUCAACCUACAAUUUGAGGAAACAACUGAUAAUCGUAUAGGUGACAAGGGUUCCACAACAACAAAGGAGAUACUCGGAGUUAAUAGUUGUAAGGAAUCGGAAAUAGAAAGUGUAAUAAGAUCUGUUUGCGGGGUCAACACUAAUCGUGACAAUAGGAUACUAUCUAAGGCUAGUCUGAAAUCUAGCUUACUGAGGGAAAUUUCGCAGACAACUAUUUCCCAGGAUGAUGAUUGGAAAGAUUUAAAUUUAUAUGGCGAUUCCAGAACUCUUUAUGACUGUUCUACUGAUCAUAUCCCGGAUUUUGUCAGCUCCCAUCGCUUACCAAAGAACUUUGGAGAGAGCAUCACUAUUGACGAAGAUACGGCAUCAUCAAGUGAAAACGAAGACAGUACUCCUGGGAAACGAUACCCGGCUCAAUCAAUCAUAAGCCGAUAUGUAAGCGAAAUAAGGCAUAAUAAUGUUCUAGCUAGCUUCCAGUCAAAUACAAGGGAGUGCGCGCCUGUAUUCAGUCCCGAUGUUAAUUUAUCAGCUGUGUCUAUUGACUCCAAUAGUAAAUGGCAAAUUCUUUCUUCCGGGGACGAUGGUAAUUGCUCUACCGCCCAGAAUUUAAGACAAACUGGCGAGGUGUUGGACCUGCUGUAUGAUUCGCAACUAAAUUGCUACUUUGAUCCUAAAACGUACAAAUAUUACGAACUCAUUGACUAA